GUCGCAUAACCUGAACCCUAACCUGGUACACAACCUCAAUAAACGAAUGCUUGAUGAUGGAAAGAGUGGGCCAUUAUCCUUAGUUUAGAUUGUUAUAGAUCUCUGGAUAAUGUAUUAGAAAUUUAAUCACAUACGAAGAUAGAGAAGUUGCAGCCAAAUUAAACUUUGGUAAUUGAAGUAUUAAAUAUCUGAUUAUGUCGUCAAUACGACGGAUUACAUUUUUGCAAUUGUGAUUAUUUGAGAUGACUCGUAGAAGAAAAGUGUGUAGAAGAAUCUAUUCCAGAGCAAAAUAUUACGCAAAAAUCAUAAUUAUAUAUGUACAUAUAAUGGUGGUACAUUUUACAUAUUUAUCUAAUGUGGAUUUUGUGAUAAAGCAUAUUGAGAUAUUGUCAUUAAAAAUAAUGUUGAGUAUCUCAAUUCGACAGUGCGGUACUGAUGUACCUCGCGCAUUUAUAAUCUGAAAGGACCAACAUUUUAUUGCAACUCUCUGCUAUUGCCUGCGCAUGUUUAUUGUAGUGCACUCGUCACCUUCGAUGUGUCUAACUUUAGGUGAUUGAUGAGGAUAACCCAAGCAAAACUGUGCAGCAGACGUUCAUCGUGCCAAUCAAGAGGUUCUUCCGCCAGCAUCUUAAUACGUUUUAUGAUACGUGCUUUCAUAUUAAUAAUUGUAUAGGGCGAGAGAUAUAUAAUUUUUUGAAUCAAAGCUUGGACGAAUAACACGUAACAUUAUGGAUUCAACUGAUAAUGCGAAGAAAUGGUUUGGUGCGGUGGAUUUUACAGUUUUUGCAAAUCAUCGUGGGACUGUCGAUGUGUGUCACCUACAUGUCGUCUUUUUCAUUGGUUGGAAUACCGGCGGAGGUUUACCUUGUCGGAACGUCCCAUAUACUCAUUGCCGUUGGAAUUACCUUUGCCGCAUUGACUGCCAUAGUGUAUCUUAUUCCUACAUACCACCGGUUGCAGCUACAUUCAAUAUUUGAGUACUUGGAGCUUCGUUUCAACGUGGCCACAAGAAGAGUUUGUUCUAUUAUUGCUUGUAUCACAAUGGUAUUUUAUAUGGGCUUGAAUGUAUACCUUCCAGCUUUAACAGUCAGUGCCGUGGCUCCAAUUUCACUGGUUUGGAGUAUUGUUUUAACUGCAGUAAUAUGUACAUUUUACACUGCACUGGGAGGAAUGAAAGCUGUAAUAUGGACUGAUGUUAUUCAGUCAGUCGUAAUGUUAAUCGGAGCAAUCUCACUGUUCUUUCGUGGACUAAUGGCAGUCGGUGGCUUCGCAGCUCUUAAUUCAGCACUCUCGAGAGGAGAGCGUCACACUGUAACUAGACCUGACUUCGACAUUACUUCUCGGGCAUCUCCUCUCACUAAAUAUAUCGGUGGUUGGUUAAGAUUUACUUAUUUCAUCGGAUUCACCCAACCUAUGGUUCAAAGAUUUCAAUCUUGCAGCUCCGUCGCCCAAGCUCGAUGCUCUAUGUUUGUAUACCUUCCUCCGACAUUGCUUAUGGUAAGUCUAGCUAUUGGAAAUGGUGCAAUGAUGUAUGCUUUCUUCGAAGGAUGCGAUCCCGUCAAAUCUGGACUUCUCAAAUCCAUUGAUCAAGGAAUUCCGUAUAUUAUUCUGGAAGUGUUACAUGAUCUUCCGGGAUUGGCAGGGCUAUUUGUAGCUGCGAUAUUUAGUGCGAGCUUGAGUACGGUGUCUUCAAAUAUUAAUUCUCUUUCCAUUGUCGUCGUCGAGGAUUUUGUUGCCUUCAAAUGGCCACAAAUAACCGACCGUACAAAGCUCCUAGUAGGAAAAUUUAUUGUGGCUGCAAUCGGUUUGAUACUGUUGAUUGUAGCAUACGCAUAUUCUCUACUUAAAGUUACUGUUGUCAGACUCUUCCUGAGUCUAAUGGGAGCAAUGAAUGGGCCAAUGCUUGGAAUAUUUCUUCUUGGAUUUUUUAUUCCAUGGACAAAUGCUGCUGGCGCUUUGACCGGAGGCUUGUUCAGCUUGGUGGUUGUGGUAUGGAUGACAUUCGGUAACCUAUUUUUAUUAAAUGUUCCCUCUCGGGUUGUAUUGCCGCCGAGGUCAAUUAAUGCGUGUGUCAUUGAUAAUUCUACAAUGAUCGACAGUUUCAAUGAUACCGAAGUCUAUACUAUUGCAACGAACGAUAAUCUCACGAUUUUUACAACCCCAGAGCCGGUUACUGUCGAGUAUACAUUUGAUCAAAUGAUGUACAGUAUCUCGUUUAAUAAUUAUAUUGCUUUGGCGACUUCGAUGACGAUCAUUGUUGGGCUAAUUGUAUCUUUUGCUACAGGAAGAACUCAUCCAUCUCAGCUUGAUCCAAAGUUGUUUAUACCAAUAGUCGACUCAAAUUUGUUGCCAUACAAAGUGAGAAAAUUUUUUCGAUUCGGUGUUCCAGAACUGAAGGAAACAGAAACAAACAAUACUUCAGAAAUAGAUAAUUUUCUCCCGAACCUGGGAUGAAAGAAAAUAUUUCUAUGACAAGUGGCCAAAUACUGGAUAAAACAAUAUUUUUUAUGUACAGUUUUUAAUUCUAAAUAAUCAAGUUAGAAUACGAAUGUAUUUCACAUAUAGGCUAUGUAACAAAAUGACGAAUAACCAUAUUGAACUGGAGCAUAUCUCAAGCCAACACCAGUAUUGAUAGGCAUGGUUGAUGGAGUAAUUAGCCAGCUUUAUACUAGAGAUGUACCGAUACCAUUUUUGUCGCCGAUACUGAUACCGAUCCGAUACCAGCUAAAAUCGCCGAUACCGAUACACCAAUACUACUAAAAGGCCG